AUGGCGGCUGCAUCAUCAUCUUACAUGGCCUUCUCCACUGCACAUAUGGUCGGCAAACGACAAUUGAGAAACAACAGCAAAAGGGCCGGUGGAGCCACAGAUCAACGUGAAGAGCAAGAACAUGGGGAAAGAGUACGGCGGGGAGUGGCUGAGCAGCACCACUCGCACGUCAGGAUCUUCGCUGCCUACAUCGACCCUGUGACCUGCGAGAUGGACCAGACACAGAUGGAUAAGCUCACUCUCAUCCUCGACCCGACCAACGAGUUCGUCUGGGACGAUGUUACCUGUACCAAGGUCUACUCCUACUUCCAAGAGCUCGUCGAUCACUACGAGGGAGCACCGUUGACAGAAUACACACUUCGAUUAAUCGGUUCAGACAUUGAACACUACAUAAGGAAGCUGCUGUACAAUGGAGAGAUCAAAUACAACAUGAGAGCAAAGACGCUCAACUUCAGCAUGGGGAAACCCAGGAUCAUAUUCAACGACGGUGACAAGGGGAGUAGUCCAGAUGUACAGUGA